AUGGCUCUGGUCAACGGGACGGCGAAGGAAGUGCGAGUCAGUCUCCUCGGGAAAGAGAGCAUCAUCAUCAAUUUCGGGUUGUGGCGCAACUAUGUUGCCCCCGACCUGCUGUCGAACUUGGAGUCAUCCACAUAUGUCUUGAUUACUGACACCAAUCUGGGUUCGCUCUACACCGACUCUUUUCGAGAAGCCUUUGAGGCUGCAUCGCAACAAAAGGCGAAAUCGGCACGCUUGUUGAUCCAUCAGAUCCCACCUGGGGAGAGUUCGAAAUCUCGACAAACAAAGGACGACAUCGAAGAUUGGCUGCUCAGCCAGAGCCCGCCAUGUGGUCGAGACACGGUCAUCAUUGCGCUAGGAGGUGGCGUUGUGGGGGAUCUGACUGGCUUCGUGGCCGCCACCUACAUGCGCGGCGUGAGAUUUGUGCAAGUCCCAACAACAUUACUCGCAAUGGUAGACUCGUCCAUCGGCGGGAAAACAGCCAUCGACACACCUCUCGGCAAAAACCUUGUCGGAGCUAUAUGGCAGCCACAGAGAAUAUACAUUGAUCUCGACUUUCUCGGGACUCUGCCUCGACGGGAAUUGAUCAACGGGAUGGCCGAGGUCAUCAAGACUGCGGCUAUAUCGGACGAAGAGGAAUUCAUCGAGCUGGAACGCCAUGCGGAGCGAAUCAUGGCCGCUGUAAAUGCCGAUAUCAGCAAAGGUGCUGCUAGAUUCAAGGAUGUCGAGGCAAUUUUGAUCAGGAUUAUUUCUGCCUCGGCCAAGUUCAAGGCCCACGUCGUGACCAUCGACGAGAGAGAAACGGGCCUGCGAAAUUUGUUGAAUUUUGGGCACUCGAUCGGCCACGCCAUCGAAGCUUUCCUGACUCCUCAGGUACUACAUGGUGAAUGCGUUGCGAUUGGCAUGAUCAAGGAGGCUGAGCUCGCGCGAUACUUGGGCAUCCUUAGUGGAGUUGCAGUCGGCCGUCUGCAAAAGUGUCUGACAACAUACGGUUUACCAACUCGACUCGACGACGAAAAAGUGCGCAAACUCUCCGGAGGGAAGGUCUGUACGGUCGACGGUAUGCUGAAGAAGAUGGGCGUCGACAAGAAGAACGAUGGUGCUAAGAAGAAGGUGGUGCUUCUCUCAGCGAUUGGUCGCACUUACGAACAGAAGGCCAGCGUUGUCUCAGACUCCGACCUGCGUGUUGUGCUUUCUCCGAGUGUUCAAGUGGUCCCAGGUGUACCCAAAGGUCUGAAUGUUGUCUGCAUUCCACCUGGCUCGAAGAGCAUUUCCAACAGAGCGCUAGUCCUUGCCGCAUUGGGUCGCGGAACGUGCCGCAUCAAGAACUUGCUGACCUCGGCCGACACAGAAGUGAUGCUAGAGGCACUGACUCGGCUUGGAGCCGCUACAUUUUCCUGGGAAGAAGAUGGGGAAGUUCUUGUUGUUAAUGGGAACGGUGGUCGACUUGAGGCCACGCCACACGAGCUCUAUCUGGGCAAUGCUGGAACCGCCGCCAGAUUCUUGACAUCUGUCGCGACCUUGACCCGGCAGAGUCAUGUGGCGUCUACGGUUCUCACUGGCAAUACCCGAAUGAAACAGCGACCCAUCGGAGAUCUCGUAGAUGCGUUGAGAGAAAAUGGCGCCGGCAUCGAAUACAUGGAGAACACUGGAAGUCUACCACUCAACAUUGCAGCUUCGGCUGGUUUCAACGGAGGCGAAAUCAAGUUGGCAGCAAAGGUCUCGUCGCAAUACGUCUCGUCUCUGCUGAUGUGUGCGCCCUAUGCAAAGAAGCCUGUUACACUCAGGCUCGUCGGCGGAAAGCCUGUGUCCCAACCCUACAUUGACAUGACUAUUGCAAUGAUGGCCUCUUUCGGCGUUUCAGUGCAAAAGUCGAAAACAGAAGACCACACGUAUCAUAUCCCGCAAGCUGUUUACAAGAAUCCGGAUGAGUAUGUGGUCGAAAGCGACGCAAGUUCUGCGACUUACCCACUAGCAAUUGCGGCUAUCACAGGCACAACAUGUACGAUUCCCAACAUUGGAUCUGCGUCGCUUCAGGGCGAUUCGGCAUUCGCCACCGACGUGCUGAGGCCCAUGGGGUGUGAAGUAAACCAGACGCCUUCGUCAACCACAGUAACCGGUCCCCGGCACGGCAGGCUCACACCACUGACCAACAUCGAUAUGGAGCCGAUGACGGACGCUUUCUUGACUGCUUCUGUUUUGGCGGCUGUGGCCCAAGGCGGCAAGACCAGCACAACGCGCAUAUAUGGCAUUGCAAACCAGAGGGUGAAAGAGUGCAACCGCAUCCAAGCGAUGGAAGAUGAGUUGUCAAAGUUUGGUGUCACAUGCCGACAGUUUGAGGACGGUAUCGAAGUCGAUGGUAUCGACCGUACCAGAUUGAGACAGCCACAAGGAGGUGUCUAUUGCUACGACGAUCACCGAGUCGCCAUGAGCUUCAGUGUUCUCGCUUUAGCAGCCCCUCAGCCUACUCUCAUCCUCGACAAAGAAUGCACGGGCAAGACUUGGCCAGGGUGGUGGGACACUCUGGCACAGCAAUUCAAUGUCAAGCUUGAAGGCGUUGAAUUACAAGAAAAUGGCGAACACGUCAAAGCGAAGAUAUUAGAUAGAAGCGCUGCUUCGAUAUUCAUCAUCGGCAUGAGGGGUGCCGGCAAGACAACCUCCGGGCGCUGGGCGGCGCGAUCGCUCGGUAAGAAAUUGGUCGAUCUGGACACGGAGCUGGAGAGUCGCGAAGGGAAGUCGAUACCCGAGAUUAUUGGGCAACAUGGCUGGGAGCAUUUCCGGGAACGAGAGUUGGCCCUCCUCAAAUCCGUCAUGAAGGACAUGCCAAACGACUACGUCUUCGCCUGCGGUGGCGGGAUCGUCGAGACCCCAGAAGCGCGCAAUCUACUGAUCGAAUGGCACGAGAAGAAAGGCCAUGUGCUUUUGGUUCAACGAGACAUCAGUGAAGUCAUGGACUUUCUCCAAAUCGACAAAACAAGACCCGCCUACGUCGAAGACAUGAUGGGCGUCUGGAUACGACGGAAACCCUGGUUCGAUCAGUGCAGCAAUCUUCUCUACUACAGCCAAAGCAUCCCCAACGCGCAAAUGUCCGAAGCCGCCGAGGAUUUUGACCGGUUUUUGCAGACGGCCACUGGCAAAAUCGACGUCCUGUCCAAAUUCAAGCAGAAGUCGGAGAGUUUCUUUGUGGCUUUGACUUUCCCGGACCUGCGGCCUCAUCUGAAAAUCCUCCCUGAAGUCUGCCUUGGAUCCGAUGCAGUUGAACUGCGUGUUGAUCUGCUGAAAGAGCCCGGCUCAAACAACCCCUUCCCGUCCCCCGACUAUGUGACUUCUCAACUCUCCCUGCUCCGCGCGACCGUUCCUCUUCCCGUUGUGUUCACGAUCCGCACGGCAUCCCAAGGGGGCAAAUUCCCCGACGAAGCCUAUGAAGAGUAUCUUCAUCUGUGCAUUCUCGCUAUCCGGAUGGGCAGCGAGUUCUUGGACUUGGAAGUGGCAUCGUUCCCCGAGUCCGUCCUCUCUUUGAUCUUCAACUUCAAGAACAAGUCCAACACACGCAUCAUUGCCUCUCAUCAUGACCCGCAGGGAACAUUAUCAUGGUCGAAGCCGGGCUCCUGGAUCCAAAUUUACAACAAGUGCCUCCAAUAUGGCGACAUCGUGAAACUAAUUGGCAUCGCCGAUAACCUAGAUGAUAACUUUGCGCUCCGACGCUUCAAACAGUGGUCGAAAACCCAACAUCCAGACUUGCCUCUGAUCGCGAUCAACAUGGGCCGGACAGGACAGAUAUCGCGGAUAUUGAACGGAUUCAUGACCCCAGUCUCUCAUCCAGCCCUCCCAUUCAAAGCGGCACCGGGCCAACUCUCAGCGUGCGAAAUUCGGCAAGGACUGACCCUGAUGGGCGAGAUUGUGCCCAAGGAAUUCUACCUCUUCGGAUCGCCCAUCAGCGCGAGCAAAUCGCCCGCAUUACAUAAUACAUUGUUCAAGGAGACGGGGCUGCCGCACAAUUACUCGUUGCGCGAGACGACGGACCUGGCGGUGAUCAAGGAGAAGAUCCGCGCCGAUGACUUUGGCGGAGCGAGCGUAACAAUUCCGCUUAAGUUAGACGUCAUGCCUCUUCUGGACGACGUGGACGCCUCUGCUCGUCUCAUCGGCGCCGUCAACACCAUUGUCCCCAUCUACGACGCCCAGACGGGCAAGAACACACAGCUGGUCGGCUACAACACAGACUAUCUGGGCAUGAUGGACUGCCUGCGUGCGGCGGGUGCAUCUGCGGCAUUGGGCGAAGGCGAGCAGUCCGGCCUGGUCGUCGGGGGCGGCGGCACGGCACGCGCAGCCAUCCACACGCUGCACACGAUGGGCUACAAGCCGAUCUACUUGAUGGGGAGAAACCAGGGCAAGAUGGCGGAGCUGGCCGAGACGUUUCCCUCGGCCUACGACAUCGUGUUACUGGACGCUGGCGAAAAGUCCGCAACGCUGGAGCAAAAGAUGCCGACCGUACCCGUCGUGGCCAUCGCCACCAUCCCCGCCGACAAGCCCAUCGACCCAGCCCUGGCGGCGUCUCUGCAAUCCAUCUUCGCCCGCUCCGCGCAGCUCGCGACCUCGACCGCUCCACAUGGCCAGGGCACCCCGGCGCCGACGCGCACGCUGCUGGAACUCGCGUACAAGCCCGCGCACACGGCCGUCAUGCAGAUGGCCGAGCAGGUUGGCGGGUGGAAGACGGUGCAGGGACUCGAGACGCUGGUCACGCAGGGCAUGUGGCAGUUUGAGCUGUGGACGGAGAUUCGAGUAAGAGGGGUGGGCACGAGUAAAUGUCGGGAUAUCGUCCUCGGGUCCGGCUCAAGCGCCUUGGGAACCCACUGA